AUGCUGUAUGGUGUCCCCCAAGGAAGUAUUCUAGGACCUUUAUUGUUUAUAAUGUUUAUCAAUGAUCUUCCACUAUAUGCCAAUUCCAACACAGACAUGUAUGCUGAUGAUUCGACAAUCCAUACAAGUGCUAGAACAGUUGAGGAACUCAAUAAUAAAUUAACUGAGGAUAUGACAAACGUUCAAGCUUGGUGUACUAACAACAACAUGGUAAUAAAUGACGGUAAAACGAAGGCAAUGUUGAUAACAACAUCUCAGCGCGCAGCCACAUUAAAUUCAAGUCUACGAGUAGAAUUUAACGGUGUCCAGUUAAAGAAUACCAACAAUGAGAAAAUACUUGGGGUUGUUAUGAAUGAACAUCUUUCCUGGAAACAGCAGAUUGACAAAGUAGCAAAAUCUCUAAAAAAAGGAAUUCAUCUUCUGAGACAGAUCAAAGAGUAUUUGCCUAUUGGUCACCGAGUAAUUUACUACAAGUGUUUCUUACAACCUCACAUAGAUUAUUGCUGUACAGUUUGGGGACAAUCAUGUCAUAUUAUUCGCAUACAUAAACUCCAAAAGUUAGCUCUGAGAAUUAUAUACGACAAACCGAAGCUAACCUCUUCUGGGCCACUAUUUAAAGCUGCUGGAGUCCUGCCUAUACAGCAAAGAGUAAUGCUACGAACAGCAAUAAUGGUAUAUCAAUCAUUAAACAACUGGGUACCCAAGUACAUAAGUGACUUGUUUGUCUUAAAGUCAUCAGUGACAAAACGAAUUACAAGAAGCUCAGAGAACAACGAACUGUGGAUACCGCGAACGAAACUAACAAUUAGGCACAAAACGUUGAAAUUCAGUGGUGCAACAUUAUAUAACAGUUUACCACGUGCGACCAGACAAUCAACGUCAUUAAGCUCCUUUAAAAUAAGAGCCUAUAAAUACUUUUUAGAUACUUAUAUAUAAGUUAUUUGUUUGUACGACUUUUAUAUGUGCUUGUUGUACUGAUGUCCAAUUUAAUGUGUAGUUUUAAUAGUAAAUUUGUAAUAAGUAGACGAUAACAGUUGAACAGAAGGCCCAGUGUAAGAUUAGCGUUGCUAAACUGGUUUUUGUAUAAUUGCACCUUCUUUAAAUAACGUUUAUUAUUAUUAUUAUUAUGUUGAAAGCGUGUUUUCAGACUAGUACCCUGGGGCCGGUUGUGAAAACUCUUAAUCACUUUCCUCUCACUAUUUUGUAGUUAAAUAGUGAUUAACUCUCAAUUCUCAAAUACGCGCUUCUUAUUGGAUGACGUUUCCACUAACUAUAGUUAACUUUAAUCACUUUUUUAUACAACUGGCCCCAGGAUUUUGGCGAGAUUUUGGCUUCCAUAAUUUUGAUCCUCUAUCUGCCUGUCUGCUCUGAGAUUAUGAAAUAAAUUUGAGUCCGAACAAUGAAUGAUGGCAUGGAGAACAGUGGGAUUUUCAAAACAAUGAAAAGACGAUGGAAGUAUGGAACAUUGCAAUUAUUGGAUCAUACUUUACUGGACAGUACUAUAAUAUUAUGAUAAAUGAUACACGCAAACUGCCUGGAUUUUAGCUUUGAUUUUUAAGAUCGUUUAAUUCUAUUUCAGAGUGCCGCCGUACAAUGACUGGUCUUAGUGGUUCAUUUAGAUCACAUAAGGCUGCAGUUAGUGAGAUGGAUCCACGCUCACAAUAUUGUUCCUGGUUAAUUACGCUUGCUGAAAUAUACAACGUGUCAUUGAGUUUUAAAGAGCUGACCAUACCAAGUUGUAAUGAUACAUUUCUACGAAUAUACGAUGGUUCAAAUGGUGCUGCUCCAUUGCUUGGCACAUAUUGCGGUUCAAACGCAAGUACAGAAGUCGUGAUUUUAUCAUCCACAAAUAAUUUAUACAUCGUGUCAAAUUCUGGAAGUUAUGCAAGAAAUCCUAAAAAUACUUUUUCUUUGUACGCCCAGUAUCAAGCUAAGAAUUUCGCAGGUUGGUAUAGUUAACUGUACUUGUAAUAAAUUAAAAUAUAAAACAAAAAAUUAACCCAAUAUAUGGCAUUAUGGACUAAAAGCAAGUAAAUUUUAAAUGCACGUAAAUUUUAAAUGUACGUAAAUUUUAAAUGUACGUAAAUUUUAAACGGCUAUAUUUCGAUCCUAUUAGUCUAUUACAGAAUCAUGAUCAGACCAAUAGUUUGGUUUUCAAGCAAUUUUCGUCCAAUGAAAACAUCUAUUAUAAAUAAUAUUCUGACCAAAAUGAAAUCGUCUCGGUUUGACUUCGUCCCCAACUCAUGCACUAUAUAGAUCAGUUGUCUCAUGUGAUAAUUGGGAUAUUUAUAGAUGAUUGGAAAAAAGCACGAGUAAGUCCAAUUUAUAAGGAGGGAAGUCGUCGUAAUAUGGGAAAUUACAGAACAAUUUCUAUAUUAAUGGAUUGGAUUGUACAAUAACUGGAUAGGAAACUUCCUGACGUCAUUGACCUCAUCCUUGUUGAAAAACGUGACGUCAUGCGUAUUGCGAAUAUUACCAAAGUUCUCGGCAUUUUUGUUGUUUUGCUAUAUUUUCCACUUUAAAAGGGUGAUAUUGAAGCAUAAACUGGUCUAAUUAUUUUAAAAACAUGCCUAAGCAACGACGAAGUAUUCAAGGUAAAUGUUUUUCGUCUUUCUUUUGUAUUUUUUUACUUAGCUACAAAGCUACGAAAUUGGCGUCACAAAUUUUAACGAAAUUUGCGAUGUAUUUUACACUGUUUAUAGUGCUUGAAGUAUUUGCUAAAAUUGACUGGGAAUACUUAGAGAAUAAGAAUACUCGUAGAAUCGCGUGGUUAUAUUUAUUUGCUCUUUGACUAAGAUGUUUAGCUGUAUUAUUGCUAAACAUGCCGUUUUUGAGAAUUUGGUUUUCAACUAGGUUUGAACAUCCAACCACACCAUCAGCCCAUUGAAAACAUUAGGUCACGUCGGCUAGUUUCCUAUCCAUUUAUUUUAUUAUCCAUGCCAAUAUUAAGCAAAGUAUUUGAAAAAUUAAGUUUUUCGACAAAUUUAUCAAUGUUAUAAUGUAAAUUUACUUUUAUCGAAAUUUCAAUCUGGUUUUCGCCCAGGUUAUUCCACUUUAUCUGCUCUAAUCCAAAUGUGUGAUAAUUGGUUUGAAAAUAUGGAGAACGGAAAACUGACUGGUGUUGUCUUUUUAGAUAUUCGCAAAGCAUUUGAUUCUAUUGAUCAUGAGAUUCUUCUUGAGAAACUGAAAUUUUAUGGAAUUACUGGGGUGGAACAUGAUUGGUUCGAAUCAUAUCUAACUUCUCGAAACCAACAAACUUUUGUAAAUGGUUUUCUUUGAACGAAAAAAGAAAUAUUAUGUGGAAUACCUCAAGGGUCAAUUCUAGGCCCCUUGUUGUUUUUAAUUUAUAUCAAUGAUCUACCAAAUUGUCUUGAAUCCACAGUUCCAUGUUUAUAUGCAGACGAUACACAAAUAUUUGCCUCUUCUCACGAUACUGAAGAUCUUAUCGAUAAAUUAAAUUCUGACUUAGUUAAUAUAAUGGACUAGUUAACCGUAAAUAAACUGCAGUCACAUGCGAAAAAAACACAGUUCAUGCUAAUAGGAACCGCACAUAAUUUGAGCGCUAAAGGCAAUGAAGUAACUAAUAGUCUUAUGAAUAAUAGUAUUAUUGAAUCGGUUCUUUCCCAAAAGUUCUAGGGGUUGACGUUGACAAUAGGUUGAUAUUUGAUAUUCACAUUAAGAAUUUAUGCAAAAAUAUAUGUUCGGGAAUUGAUGCCUUAAUUAAGAAGAAUUAAACCCUUUGUUCCAUUGCGUUCCUUAAAGAUGUUAUACAAAGCACGGAUUCAGCCAUAUUUUGAUUAUUGCUCCCCUUUGUGGGAUACAUGCAUGCGGGAAGAUGCAUAAAGAUAAAUUACAGGUGCUCCAAAAUAGAGCGGCGCGAGUUAUAACAGGAGCACUUUUCACAUUUCUGGAGUACUUUUACUUGGAACGAAGUCGUUUUAAGAAGUGACGUUUUGCUUCGUUAUUAUUAUUUUGUGGCGAAGUAUUUCGUUACUUUCUAACUUUUGUUUAAUUUUACGUGAUUUAUUCCUGAUUUAUUUUAAUUUUGGGACCCGUAAUGGAUAUCUUAUAUCUUCAACGGGGUCUGGAAAGUAGACCAUGCCGUGAAAUAUUGUAUAUUAUGGUGCACGCAUAUAGUGUGUGUGCUGUUUUGGGUCUUUUGUAUGUCAAUCCAUUGGAGAAGUCUCCCCCCCCCUAGACGCUAUAGACAAUAGUACUUUUACUUUUUACUUCAAGUAUUUUUUAAGGAUACUUUGUACUUUUUACUUAAGUACGUUUUUCCUCCAGUACUUUUUACUCUUACUCAAGUCGUUUUAUUGUUAACUACUUCUACUUUUACUUCUACUCGAGUACAAAUUCCAAGUAAUUUAGGCACCACUGAACAACACUGAACAGGAGCAAGAUUUGAUGUCAACUCGGCAAAUGUACUGCAGGAUCUGCAAUGGUCCACGUUCAAUGUAAGACGUCAUAGGCUGAAGAGCGUUUUGAUGUACAAAAUUCUUAAUGAGCAGUCCGCUCCAAGUCUUACGAGAAAAAUUUAUAAAAAUGAAAGAUCUUAAUAGAGAAUAUAAUCUUCGAAGUAAUGAUACUGAUCUAGCACUUCUAAAACCUAAAACAAACUAUCUUAAACGAAGUUUUAAGUACAGUGCCAGUGGUGCAAUGCUGUGGAAUAGUUUUCUUUCUGAGGCGAAAAAGGCAUCCUCGCUUUACCAAUUUAAACGCAGUAUGUCCACUAUACCGGAGACUAGAAUGUGAGUUAAGAUAGUUUGUAAGUUUAACACGCCCCAUCUGAAAAUCAACUCUAUGUAUUUUUACUAAUAUGUUGUGUAUGUCAGCGUGGUUAAAAAAAUCUUUUGAGUAAGUAAGUAUAACUUAUAUACUAAUAUAAAUUAAAAACACAUGUUAUAAAUAGUAUCGUCUGGAGUUACUAGUUAAGGGCCUUCGCUCGAAACGUCGAAAUUCUCCUUAUAUUUUUCAGGUAGUUGCAUCACUACCAACGAAAGCUUGUUUAUAUUAUUGACACUACCUACACUGACACAGACACUUCAAGAUUAUAAAUAAUACUCUGACCAAAAUGAAAUCGUCCCAGUUUGACUUGUGCCCGGUCUCAUGUAACAAUUUGUAUACCAAUAUAAAUUAUUCUAAUUUAAUCAGUAGUAUUCAGUGGUAGUAUUGCAUAAGCCAUGCUCUAAUGUUUGCAGGUGAUGAAUGGCCAAGUGGUAGUUAUGGUCUUCCUAAACCUAAUUCAGGAUGUCCAGGUGGUAGGAAGAAUGGGUGGUAUGAGGGAUGGAGGUUUCAGGAUAUGGAAUACGACUAUAAGAGUGCCAGUGAGCGAUCAAGAGUAUCUAAUGGGUCACAUAUGGAUGUCACAUUAGUUGGAGAUAAAAAAGAUGUAAACAGGAAAUUCUGCAUGAAACAAAAUACUGGAACACAAACAAGGUUUUGGCCUAAAGGUAAGGUUCUCUAUAUGCAUACACUGACUACCUAUGUCACAGCCAUGCAUAUGUUACAGUAUGAACUCCAGGGAUUGUGCAAGAGGCAUUUCGAUGCAAAUUGGGUGACUGAAUGACAUGGAGAAGAACAGAACAAUGGGAUUUUCAAAACAAUGAAAACACAAUGUCAUUGAAACUUUUCGAUCACGCUGGAUUGUGAUUUGAUGGCACAAUUCUUAUGCUAAGUGUUCUUUACAGAAUCUAAACUAAAGCCUCACAAUAUUCGCUGCAGUCGUUGCUCUCAAAAAAUGAACAAAACCUCCAGCCCUCAUGGCACCAGACUGAUGCAUGCCGUUCCUCAUGCCUUCAGAAUAAUUUUAUAAUAGAAAAUUUAAGCUUCACGUUUCCGUGAACGGCAAACGGCGGGUUGGAACUUUCUUGGCAAAAUUUUCGUUCAACGUUUUCGUUUCAUAUUUUCUUCCUUGCGUCGAAAGGAUAAUUAUGUAUUUCAGUUUUAAAACAGCAAGUUCACUUACUCUUUACUGUCUGAUACUGUGAACGUUUUCUUUGCCUGGCGUUUGCCGUUUGACGUAUAACGCGAAGCUUAGACUUUGUAAUAUCUUCAUUCCUCAUGCCAUCAGAAUGAUUUUUUUUAAUCAGCAUGAUCUCUUUAUGUUGUAUACGUUUUUUGAAUGAUUUCCCCUCGAAAUGUAUUUUUGUUUUGACAGGUUCAUAUUGUAUUUACAAGAGUGGAACGUGUCCGAAAGAUAUGGCAUCAGGCUGGGUGCACUGGGAUGAUGAAGAUAAUGGGAACAUCAAUAAAUACGGAGGAUUUCUACCAGAUGGUGUAUAUGAUAAAAAAGAUACCAGGAUAGAGUAUUGUUGUCAAACUGAUGGUAACUGGUAUGAUUCAAUUGAACUGCCAGUCAGUCAACCAUUUCAUUUAUUAACAUCUAGUUCUACUGGCACUCCUAAAUGUCAGAUGGUGAAGUGGACAUUUAGUUACUUGGAGUAUAUUGUGUUUGAUACAGAAGAUAGCAUUAAUUUAGAUGACCAGAGAGGAGAACAUUUGUUUUUGGAUGGAGACAAGAAAUACUAUUGUUACUAUGAAGGUACAUUAAUAUAACUCAGUUCGUAGUACCAACUGAACAUUCAAAUAAUAACGCUUUCUACAAUCAGGAAAGAAAUUGCAUUUGAAUCUUAUAACAUGUAUGCCUGUACGGUAGCUAAGGAUGGAAAAUUUAAAAUGUACAUUUCAAAGUAUCCAACAGUUUAAUUAUCUUUUAUGACAUUUACUAACAAUUUAAACACUGUCUGUUUUGAUUAUGUAUGCACUUUUGGGAAAGAGCUCAAAUUUCAGCCCGAUAAUUGUCUAGUAUCAACUCAGGUUGAAAUUCUUUGGCUGUAGUCGGGCAGAUAGAAGGAAAAAACUUACCACAGCGUGGGACAAUUCCAUUUUGCCUUCUUAUUGUGCCCUGAAGGCUAAUAAGUACGUUUCUGUAUGUUGGCGGCGUUAAAAUUUCUUGUUGGCUCCUGCCGACACGUUUUUCUUCGAAUUUUGUAUUAAACUCUAUUAGAGUUAAGAAAUGUGAAAUUUCAAAUACAUUUCUAACACAAAUGACUUGCAUCAUUUGAAAGCUUGCAAAAAACUACAUUUAAGAUAUUUAAACGGUUACCUGGGAUUUUCAAGUUCUUCUUGAGUUAUGAGCUGUUGAAGGCAAUGUUGAAGGCGUGUUUUCAGACUAGUAUACCCUGGGGCCGGUUGUGAAAACUCGUAAUCACUUUCCUUUCACUAUUUUGUAGUUAAAUAGUGAUUAACUCUCAAUUCUCAAAUACGCGCUUCUUAUUGGAUGACGUUUCCACUAACUAUAGUUAACUUUAAUCACUUUUUUAUACAACUGGCCCCAGGAUUUUGACGAGAUUUUGGCUUCCAUAAUUUUGAUCCUCUAUCUGCCUGACUGCUCUGAGAUUAUGAAAUAAAUUUGAGUCCGAACAAUGAAUGAUGGCAUGGAGAACAGUGGGAUUUUCAAAACAAUGGAAAGACGAUGGAAGUAUGGAACAUUGCAAUUAUUGGAUCAUAUUUUACCGGACAGUACUAUAAUAUUAUGAUAAAUGACACAAGCAAACUGCCUGGAUUUUAGCUUUGAUUUUUAAGAUCCUUUAAUUCUAUUUCAGAGUGCCGCCGUACAAUGACUGGUCUUUGUGGUUCAUUUAGAUCACAUAAGGCUGCAGUUAGUGACAUGGAUCCACGCUCGCAAUAUUGUUCCUGGUUAAUUACGCUUGCUGAAAUAUACAACGUGUCAUUGAGCUUUAAAGAGCUGAUCAUACCAAGUUGUAAAGAUACAUUUCUAAGAAUAUAUGAUGGUUCAAAUGGUGCUGCUCCAUUGCUUGGCACAUAUUGCGGUUCAAAUGCAAGCACAGAAAUCGUGGUUUUAUCAUCCACGAAUAAUCUGUACAUCGUGUCAAAUUCUGGAAGUUAUGCAAGAAAUCCUAAAAAUAUUUUUACUUUUCAUGCACAAUAUAAUGCUACGAAUUUAGCAGGUUGGUAUAAAGGAAAUUUGGAUAACGGGUUCCUUACAUACAGAGUGAUAUUAUCUCACCACCGUUUCCAGUAGGUAAACCGAUAUACAGGGUGUAUCAAAAAAAGCGCAAUCCUCGACUGAAAUGUAAAUUGCUAAACAAAUAAUAGACGAAAACGUUAAAGUUUACAUUCAUUUUAAAGCGUAGCCAUUCAGCUUUCUAACAGUGGGUUGUUUCUUAAAUUUGACUCAUUGGUUCGCGGGUAAUAAUACUUUACGUUAUUGCGAUUGGAGAUUAAAAAAAUUGGGAUGGAAUAACAAAUCGUUCUCAUGAUUUUUUCAUUAAAACAAACAAAUGUUGCAUUUUAUUAAAUGGAUUGUAACAAUAAGUAUAAUUACGGCUUUUCUUCCACUAUUUUUAACUCAGUUUGAAACUUCAAAUGCGAUAUAAUUUUGGCUUGGACCAUCUAAGCUGACUGACAUCAACUUGCUAUAAUUUCUGCUUACAUUACAUCGCAAUUCGAUGACAUUGUGGCUCAGACACCAGAAUGUUUUGACGAUUUUUAGCAUUCGUUUAGGAUUUUCAAACAACCUGGUCUCUUUAAAAUACUUUUAAUUUGUUCUUACGUGGUUUUCCAGAUGUAGUGACGACAACAUUAAAGUUUAAAGAAGAAAAUUCUAACAUUUAAACCGACUAAACAAUAACAUAGUAAACUUGCAUAAUUAAACAGCAACUAAAAAUGAUAGGUUUUACUAAAUCUUUUCCUGUGCAAUUAUUACUAUAGCAUUGGAGACAAGGAUAAUAGUUUGUUUGAAAGAGAAAAGAACAGGCUUUGAAGUAAGCCUAAAAGCGUUUAACUAGAAAUAGUAUUUCGAAAGUUAUUAAGCACAAAAGAUGAAUUGCGUUUAUUUUGAUACACCCUGUAUAGUAGGUGGGUAGUAGAUUUUCGAUCGAAUAGAGUAGUGAAAAUGGGGUCGUUGCUCGUCAUUUAGUUGGUGACAGGUCUAUAUAAGUUAUACUAGUAUUUUUAUGAUUGUAGAAAUUCAACCUAGUGAGCGGCCUUCAGUGGAAAAUGUUUAUUUUAGUUUAUUUAGCUUUGCCAACUAGGGCAGGGUCACCACAACAGCAUAUGCCAAUUACUGUGGGCCCUUUUACCUAACCCACCCUGUCAACUUUACCUGUGGGAGGAAACCGGAGUACCCGGGGAAAACCCACGACUUUCGGCAGAUCGUUGGCUUUUUUACACUUUUCACAUGAGGACUGCGUUCUAGUGGCAUUGAGAAAGUUCUCGUUGAGGCUUGAACGUGCGGCCUCAGAGGUGAAAGGCAAGUGCGCUAACCACUUCGCCACCGAAGCCCCGAAAAUUCUAUUACACCUGCCAUUUCACCAUCAUGUUGCUCUGAAGGCAAGUGAGGUUUUGCUUAAAUUACAUUGAGAUGUAUUGUAGGAAGUUCUUCUUGAUCUGUUGGCAGUGUCACGUUAAUUUAGUUGCCUUAACAUUUUGAGUUGGUUAAUAGAAAUCACUCUAAUGUUUUCUUAUAUUUAUUCAGUCAAGGAAAAAACAGUCAAGGAAAAAACAGGCAGCACAAUCAUUAUCAUAGCAGCAACAGUGGGUGGCGUCGUAUUCCUUUGCAUCGUGCUUGUUGUCUUAUUGAUAACAUACAAACAACGAAAGCGAGCUCCAAAAUUAUCAACUCCUGUCAAUAUUCCACUGACAGACGCAACUCCACAACAAUCAUUGCCAAUUGAUCAGGUAAAUUAUUUACGAAUUAAUGUUUAGUUUAAAACUGAUAGAGCUAUCCAGUAUAAAUAAAGUUAGUUUAGUUUAGGUUUCCUCCUGUAGUAACACUGGAUCAAUAAGAGAUGAUUCUUACUGGACCUCUAGGAAGAACAGUUUAGAACUGAUAGAGCUAUCCAGUAUAAAUAAAGUUAGUUUAGUUUAGGUUUCCUCCUGUAGUAACACUGGAUCAAUAAGAGAUGAUUCUUACUGGACCUAUAGGAAGAACAGUUUAGAACUGAUAGAGCUAUCCAGUAUAAUUAACAAUUAGACAACGAGGCCGAGUUGUCUAUGAGCGAAUAGUCAACGAGGCGAAGCCGAGUUGACUAUUUGCUCAUAGACAACGAAGCCGAGUUGUCUAAUUGUUUUAGUAUAAACUUUAACAUUAAUUUACAACUAGGCUGCAAACACAAUACAAAAAUACACAAAAAACAUUAUAAAACCAGUUAAAGGUAAACAAAUAUUUUAGUUUUUGUUCGUGUAAAAUGUUUUACAAAAUUCAGUUUUAAUUUUAAAAUUUCAUUGAGUGUAUGUUAUUUUGUCUAUUUUCUAACCCUUAAAAAUUGCCAUUCCAUAUUUUUGUUGCUUUUUUUCGGGGUUAUUUAGUACAGAAUUGUUCAACAAGUCGUCCAAAAAAUCAUCAGACACUUCGGCAAAAGUGCAAAACGCGAAUUUUCCGCCAUUUUGAAUUUUCUAUUAGUAGGCUAUCACUAAUAGCCUACUAGUAGCGUAGCCAAUCAGAAGCCACGAUAUGUGAUAGCCUAUUAGUAGGUUUAUACUAAAUAAAGAUAGUUCAGUUUAGUUUUACUUCUGUAGUAACAUUAGGCAAAUAAGUGCUGGACUUCCCUUCGAAAACAGUUAAAAACUAAUAGAGCCACCAAAAAUCUAUUCCUAGCCUUAGGCCUUAGUUUUUUAAUCUUGGGUGAACUGGGCAAACGCAACACGUGUAAUCGACAUUAAAAAGUCAUCAUUAUCGUCAAAACAGGAGCCAAGUUGCGAAACUGUUGCAGGAGUUGAUCAAGAGUUUGACGACGGCGUCGCCCCAAAAGCAAAGGAGUCUGAAGACAUACCAGGUGAAGGUAAUAUGUUCAAAAUUCCACUAACCUUGCUAUGUGUAAUACUUUGGUUAUUCUGAGAAGAAAUGUAAUAUAUCUUGAGUUAACUGAAAUAAAUUUUUCACUGUAGAGGUUGCAACUCUCCGCGUUUGACGACCAACUAUUCAGACAACUUCAAAUGAGAGUUGAUGAAAAACCCCUGAAAGCACGGCGUUUUAAUGUGGUUAAACGUAGAUUUAAGCGAAGUUAACGGCAGAUGUAUCAUGCCUGCGAUCUAGCAGCGGGGAAUCCCUGACGUCACUUAGAACAGUUGCAAUUCUCGCGCAUCUAUCACUUCGCUACAGCUUGGCUAGCCAGCAACAACUGCUCUUUCGCUCUGUUCCCCUUUCCCCACCCUGAUAUUGUUUGUUGAUGUUCGGGUUCAGUUUUGUAUUUUUGUUUUAGUGGUUUGUUUGGUGGGUUUUUUUUUGUUGUUUUUUCGUUUAUAGGAUACAAUCUAUAGACUACUAUAGAAUGCGUCCUUUUUCCACUGAUCAUCAGUGUCAGCCUCGUCCCCAGGCUGAUUUGCUGCGCCGUUUCGUGAGAUAAUGGAAACCACUGCAAACCACUGCGCAAUUGCGUCGAAACUCGCGCGUCUGAGUUGGAGCCUGGGGACGAGGCUGCAUCAGUGUGACAGGUACCGGAGGUCUGCCUUUGCAGAAUUGUCAUGGCAAACUCCUAUUGCUACUAUAAUUAGCCUUAUUACGUUUUAUGCUGUUUUGCCAUAGCUGUUUGCCAUUGCUGUUUGCCAGUUUGCCAUUGCUGUUUGCCAGUGUUUUGCCUAAUGUUUUCCAUUGCGGUCAUUUGACUGACAAGGUUAGAUCGCCGAAUACUCUGCUGUUAACAGCACCCUGAUGAGAGCAUUUGCUAUGCCCACAUAAGAAUUACACAGAAGAGUUGAGAAAAAUCGCAUGCAAACUCUCGCUAUAAUAGGGACGGGUCAUGAUAUUUAUUUAUACAAUGAUUUAUUGAUACAAUGAUUUAUUUAGGUAACGAAACUGUCGCAAGUGUUAAUCGAGACUUUUACGAUGACGUCGCCCCAGAAGCAAAGGAGUCUGAAGACAUAUCAGCUGAAGGUAAUAUGUUCAAAAUUCCACUAACCUUCCUAUGGGUAAUACUUCGGUCAUUCUGAGAAGAAAUAUAAUAUAUCUUGAGUUAAACUGAAAGUCAUCUUGAUAAUUUUCACUGUAGAACGAAUGAAGGUUCCAACUCUCACCCGCGUUUGACCAUCAACUUUUCAACUUCCAAAUGAGAAUUGUUGAGAACAGGGGGCUCUAAAACACAGCGUUUUACAGCGCCUUGAUGAGAGCUUUUGCUACGCGCGCUAAUUAUACACAAGAGUUGAGAAAAAUCCCAUGCAAACUCUCGCUAUAUGAGGGACGGAUCAUGCAGUCUUAAACCUUGGUCAAAGAAGAAUGAGAGUCGAGAAGCGAGAGUUUGCAUGAGAGUUGAUGAGAGUUGAGAAGCGAGAGUUUGCAUGAGAGUUGAUGAGAGUUGAGAAGUGAGAGUUUGCAUGAGAGUUGAUGAAUGUUGAUGAGAGUAGAGAAGCGAGAGUUUGCAUGAGAGUUGAUGAGAGUAGAGAAGUGAGAGUUUACAUGAGAGUUGAUGAGAGUUGAGAAGCUAGAGUUUGCAUGAGAGUUGAUGAGAUUUGAGAAGUGAGAGUUUGCAUGAAAGUUGAUGAGAGUUGAGAAGAGAGAGUUUACAUGAGAGUUGAUGAGAGUUGAGAAGUGAGAGUUUGCAUGAGAGUUGAUGAGAGUAGAGAAGCGAGAGUUUGCAUGAGAGUUGAUCAGAGUUGAGAAGAGAGAGUUUACAUGAGAGUUGAUGAGAGUUGAGAAGUGAGAGUUUGCAUGAGAGUUGAUGAGAGUAGAGAAGCGAGAGUUUGCAUGAGAGUUGAUCAGAGUUGAGAAGAGAGAGUUUACAUGAGAGUUGAUGAGAGUUGAGAAGUGAGAGUUUGCAUGAGAGUUGAUGAGAGUAGAGAAGCGAGAGUUUGCAUGAGAGUUGAUCAGAGUUGAGAAGAGAGAGUUUACAUGAGAGUUGAUGAGAGUUGAGAAGUGAGAGUUUGCAUGAGAGUUGAUGAGAGUAGAGAAGCGAGAGUUUGCAUGAGAGUUGAUCAGAGUUGAGAAGAGAGAGUUUACAUGAGAGUUGAUGAGAGUUGAGAAGUGAGAGUUUGCAUGAGAGUUGAUGAGAGUAGAGAAGCGAGAGUUUGCAUGAGAGUUGAUCAGAGUUGAGAAGAGAGAGUUUACAUGAGAGUUGAUGAGAGUUGAGAAGUGAGAGUUUGCAUGAGAGUUGAUGAGAGUAGAGAAGCGAGAGUUUGCAUGAGAGUUGAUCAGAGUUGAGAAGAGAGAGUUUACAUGAGAGUUGAUGAGAGUUGAGAAGUGAGAGUUUGCAUGAGAGUUGAUGAGAGUAGAGAAGCGAGAGUUUGCAUGAGAGUUGAUCAGAGUUGAGAAGAGAGAGUUUACAUGAGAGUUGAUGAGAGUUGAGAAGUGAGAGUUUGCAUGAGAGUUGAUGAGAGUAGAGAAGCGAGAGUUUGCAUGAGAGUUGAUGAGAGUAGAGAAGUGAGAGUUUACAUGAGAGUUGAUGAGAGUUGAGAAGCGAGAGUUUGCAUGAGAGUUGAUGAGAUUUGAGAAGUGAGAGUUUGCAUGAAAGUUGAUGAGAGUUGAGAAGCGAGAGUUUGCAUGAGAGUUGAUGAGAGUUAACAAGCGAGGUUUUGCAUGAAAGUUUUCUGAACUCUCGCUUCUCAACUCUCAUUCUCGUUUGAUCGCGGCGGAUCGCGGCGAUCAAACGAUCCGAUCAAACGCCGCGAUCGUUUGAUCGCGGCGGUUUAUUAGGGACGGAUCACGCAGUCUUAAGCCUUCAUCUGACGAGAAUGAGAGCCGAGAAGCGAGAGUUUGCAUCAGAGUUCAUGAGAGUUGAGAAGCGAGAGUUUGCAUGAGAGUUGAUGAGAGUUGACAAGCGAGAGUUUGCAUGAGAGUUGAUGAGAAUUGAGAAGUGAGAGUUGACAUGAGAGUUGAUGAGAGUUGAGAAGCGAGAGUUUGCAUGAGAGUUGAUGAGAGCUGAGAAGUGAGAGUUUACAUGAGAGUUGAUGAAAGUUGAGAAGUAAGAGUUUGCAUGAGAGUUGAUGAGAGUUGAUGAGAGUUGAGAAGUGAGAGUUUGCAUGAGAGUUGAGAAGCGAGAGUUUGCAUGAGAGUUGAUGAGAGUUGAGAAGUGAGAGUUUGCAUGAGAGUUGAUGAGAGUUGAGAAACGAGAGUUUGCAUGAGAGUUGAUGAGAUUUGAGAAGUGAAAGUUUGCAUGAGAGUUGAUGAGAGUUGAGAAGCGAGAGUUUACAUGAGAGUUGAUGAGAGUUAACAAGCGAGAUUUUGCAUGAAAGUUUUCUGAACUCUCGCUUCUCAAUUCUCAUUCUCGUUUGAUCGCGGCAUUAUCAUAUCUUCUUUUGUUUCUAAAGGCAACACAUCAGAUUACGAAGAGGUUGGAGGGCCAUCAAGUGUAGACAAGACUUCUGGGUUCGAAACACCAGGCCAAAAUAAAACCUAUGAAGAGCCCGAAUUAUCGCCAGAAAAUCCUGUUUAUACUGAGCUUGAUGAGAACCGAAUCCACGGCAGAAAUACAACGGAAGGCAGUACCUAUCAGAAACUAGUAAAGCAAGAUUCAGAUUAUGUUAUACCAGCUCACGAAAGAGGAGAGUCGUACGAAGACAUCAAAAUGGGAAGAAACUUACCAGACGACACGGAGCUGGAUCAAAGGAAACGCGAAGUUGAUGAUUACCAAAAGUUGGUGAAAACCUGA